CCUCUCUCCUCCGCUUCCUCCCCCACAUUUUUAUCAUUAUUCACACAGCAAAAUUUGUCGUAAGCAAGCAUGGGUGUGCCUCUAUACGGCUUUAUCGUUAUUAUCAAGCCCUCUGGUGGGGACGGCAAAGUCUACCCCCUUACCGAGACACGGGUGACCAUUGGAAGGCAAGAUACAUGUAACAUCCGUAUCCCAAACCUUAAGGUGUCAAAGGAGCAUUGUGCUAUCCGGGUUGUUGGCAGGAAGGUUACCCUGACCAACCUGAGUUCAAACAAAACGAUUGUCGGUGGGCAAUUUCUUGCACUUGGCCAGCAACGCGUUCUUCGAUAUGGCGAUAUCAUCACAAUCGCCGGUCGAUCUCUGCGAUAUGAAAAACCAACCAUGAGCUAUACCGAAACAGCGACUCCGCCCGGUACCCGCAUUGACAUCGGAUCGCUUCCACAAACUCCACAAACAGAGCCCGUACCACGCCAGCACCGGCGCGCUGAUGGCCCGGAGAGCGCGAGUCCGACGACUCCCACAGUGCGUGCAAAGCCGAUGCCUCUUUCGGAGGGACGGACACAGCAGCGGGCAAGACUAGUGAGAUGUGCGCUGCGGGCGGCGGACAUUAAAGCAAAGAUCGACAGAUGGAACCUGUUCUACUCCGAGUCCGACGAUCAGCCACGGAAGCCCAGCGGACCACGCAGCCGGCAAGGUGCUGACGCGGUUGGUAGCGAGGCUGAUCUUACUGAAGAGUCACCGCCAGCAGAUUUGUUUGAUGAUCUUGGAGAGGGCACCUCGCGGAAGCGCUCUGUGCCUUCGACACCACAUGACGAUGGAGAUGGAGAUGAGCGGCGGGCGGAUGAAGCGGCCCAGAUCAUAAAGGGGUCCAAUGUGGGAUCUCGCCGUCCACAGCUCACCACACCGGUAUCAGGCCGGAAACGCGCUCGGCUCCUCGAGAAUGGUACUGCACAAAGCGAGGGCAAAGAGUCUGCAGCAUGCCUUUUGCAGCGUCGGACAUCUGUGCCGCAGUUUAUGGACGGGCUUAAGAACUCCAGAGACCCUGGUGUCGACGUGCAUCCUGUGAUGCUAUCUCAGCCGCAGGAAUUGAUUACACCGGCCCAAAGCAGUUCAUCCGCUUCGACACUCCCCAUGAAGUCUACUGCUUCAGCGUACGGUUCUGAGGAUAAGACGUCGCGCGUGACGAUUGGAGCCAAUGCUGAGUCAGCCUUCACCAAAUCACCCACCCUACAAAGGAAGCGGAUGACGAUGCAGUUGCGUAGCCAGCGCAAGGAGCAGGAGAAGGACAAAGCACUGGACCCGGUUGAUGCUGCUACUAAAUUGGUGAGCGUGUCAGGCGAGAAGCAGCAGCCCCAGGCAGAAAUGCAUCGGCGCAGCGCUAUGCCAAGCAUGACAUCACCACUAAAGCGCACAUGGUCAAGCGGAGGACCGUUCGCAGCAGCUCGCAGACUCUGUCCAGAGUCCCUGUCGUAUCUACCACCGUGCACUGGGCCGAUGGCUGUGUCGAAUGGCCAGACCACCGAAGGCGACAGCAGUGACGAGGUGCCGACGGAGCCCGAACCAGAGUCAGAGAGCGAGGACGAACAGCCAGCCCCUGUAGCAGCCAGUAAUGGCCGGGCAUCGCAGGGGUUGCUGACUAGGAAGCGGCACCAUCUGACAGAUGACGAGGGCACGCCCCCGCGCAAAAGCGUCAGAUUUGGACCCCCGCUGUCUCCCGAGCUGUUUGACACCCAUGAACCGCCAGCAACCCCGCUGCGCCGCGGAACGCCGAUGCAGAUGGCCCCCGGUGCAGCCAGCAUUCUGCGUCAGACCCCGGAGUUUGUGCAGAUCUCGACCCCGCACCCAGGCGUUUUCGGCAGCCAUGUGUUGCUCCGUGGGUCGCCUGGGGCUUACACCGGCAACACGUCGCUGAUCGGCAGCUUCGCCCAAUUCGCCACUGUCAACUCAGCCGGAUUCAGCGGGUAUCGAUAGUCUGCUGGCACCCUAGGCUGUCACGCAGACGCAUAACGCAUCAGUAUCUCUCAGCUAUUGCCUCUGUGACUGAAGAGAGUCCCGCCAGCUCCACUGUCAGUUCCAGCGAUCUGGCAGCCGAUGCUCCGUCGGCCAGCCCGAGCAUGAUCACUUCCCCUGCCACCUUGAACGGCCGUCAGCGCCGGCGCCGCAGCUUGCGCGCCUCUGAGCGCAGACGCAGAUCAACCAUGGACAGCGAUGUUUUG